CUGUUCUUUUUCUCAUGUCUCAGUAAGUCAGUACAUUUUUCGUAUACCGUAUUUUUAUGAAAUAAUAGCAAACAUUUAAGUUUUUGACAUGUCGCGAGUGCCUAUUCUCGUUAUUUUAGGUUCAACGGGUACGGGAAAAUCCCGUUUGAGUAUAGAAUUAGCCCAAAAAUUUUCUGGGGAAAUUAUUUCUGCAGAUAGUAUGCAGGUCUAUAGAGGUUUAGAUAUUAUUACAGCCAAAGUGACUGAAGAAGAGAGAUUGUUAGCUCCUCAUCAUAUGUUAGAUUUUGUUGAUCCGCUUCAUAAUUAUUGCGUUCUUGACUUUCAGAAGAAAGCUCUACCAAUUAUAAGUGAUAUAGUAGCUAAGCGGAAGAUGCCAAUCAUUGUCGGAGGCACAAACUAUUACAUUGAGUCACUACUCUGGCAGGUUCUAGUUGAGGAUCCCGACGCGUCUGGAAAUUCCAUACAGACACAUGAUGGUUUGGUGCUUGAAAAUUACAAUGUUAAAUGUGAGCAAAUGACUGAAACCAUGCAAAAGGGUAAAAUAACUGUAUCAGCAACUACGGAGUUCGAGUUAAAUCGAAAAUUGGAAGAAGAAAAACUUGUGACCUCGAAAAAAAUGAAAUACGAUGACAAUGAACAAUCAAAUGAGGAUUUACAUCUUAAAUUAACUCAAGUGGAUCCAGAAAUGGCUCGACGUUUACAUCCUAACAAUAGAAGAAAGAUUAUCAGGUCUUUAGAAGUUUUUGAAACUCAUGGAGCAAAGCAUUCAGAAAUUUUGAGACAUCAGCAAGUAGCUGGAGGUUCAGGCUUGGGAGGCCCUCUACGGUUUCCAAAUUCAUUGAUUCUUUGGCUUAAAUGCGAUCAGGAAAUUUUGGACAAAAGAUUAGAUCAACGAGUAGAUACAAUGCUCGAAGCUGGCUUAGUAGAAGAGCUUCUAGGUUUUCAUGAACGAUACAAUCAAGAACGAAUAAAUAUGAAUGCGUCACCUGAUUACACGAAAGGUAUCUUCCAGUCAAUUGGUUUCAAGGAGUUUCACAAUUACUUAAUUCUGCCAGAGACAGAGAGAAAUAGCGACAAGGGAAAAAUCCUCUUUCAGCAGGGAGUUUUUGAUCUUAAAUUGGUAACAAGAAGAUACGCCCGACGACAACAACGAUGGAUAUUGAAUCGUUUUAUAAAACGAAUUGAUAGACAAGUACCUCCAAUAUAUGAAUUAGAUUGUACCAAUAUUCAAGAAUGGGGUUCUAAAGUAUUGGAGCCAGCAAUAAAAAUUAUAAAUGCAAAGCUCAAAGACGAAAUACCUGCACAAAAAUCUCUUAAUGGGACUAGUCAAGAUAAAAAUCUUACGGACAGUAAUAAUCAAGAAAGUCAUUGGUGUGAGACUUGUAAAAAAAUAUUGAUUGGAGAAUUGCAAUGGAAGUCUCAUAGAAAUGGCGCGAAACACAGAAAAAUGGAAAAUAAAAAAAAAAAAAUUAUGGCUCAUCAUCUUACUGAUAAUAAAAUUUCUUUAGUUUGCUAAGGUGUUAUUAUUACUUAUUGAAUUCAAUUAUUCAUUAAGUAAUAUUUUUUAUGUUGAUUGAUUAUUUUUUUCCCAAUUGUUGCAUGUAAAUACAUACUUCUCCUGCAAUUUUUGGCAACAUUGUGAAAUUAUUCCGUGAAAAUGCAGUCGAAAUUCAGUGGAAUCACAUUUUUUUCUGCAGUCGCAUCACUGAAUUCGCACUUUGUAUCCACCUUAUUUAAACUGUCUAUUCACGAUAGUUUCACUGGGUCUUAACAGUAUUUUCACGGCCAGGAAAAAACAAUUGUAUGAACAGUAAUUGAGUUAUUAUUGUCAAAAAAAAAAAUAAAAAAUACUAUCAAUCGGAUAGUAACAUGGUGAACUAGACUAAGGACGAUUUCCAGACCCGAUAACAAAAUCAAUAUAUAAGAUCGAGUUAGAAUUUUUUAACUUCCCGCUAAAAAAAAUUGUAAAUUUUCAAAAAUUGGGGUAGUUAUUAUUCUCAUUCAGGUUUUCGAGAAUCGAGUUUUCUCAGAUGUCGACAUUUUUAGGUCCUAGGAAUCUAUUCUGACUAUUUUUAAGGGGAUGUCCGAGUGUAUGUAUGUGUUAUGUACGUACGUUUGUAUGUAAAUAUUCUAUAAUUUUGGAACGGAUUAACCGAUUUGACUUUUCAAGAUAGCAUUUGAAGCGACUCAUUAAUUCUAACGAUUUCUGAGAAAUUAAGCAUAAUCAGUAUAUUACGUUCAGAGAUAUUUCAAAAGUAUAAUUGAUUCAAAAUGUUUUGUUUUUUUAUAAUUUCUCACUUACUUUAUUGAUUAAUUCCAAAAUCUAAUCAGCUCUUAAACUCUAUGAGCCGCGUGAAAUGCUACCUCAAUCAUCAAAAUUGAAUCAUUUGUUCAACAAAUAUCCUUGUUGAAAUAAUCCUAUAAAUUCUAAUAAGAAUUAAGUGUAUUAGGACCUAAUGUGCUUUUGUCGCUGCAAAACCAUAUACAUACCCAUAGAAAUUUUCAAAGGAAAAAAUGGAAAGCUUAAUGGAAUCUAUAUGUUUAGAGAAUUUCUAUCUGGAUUCAUCAAGAUGUACUAUAGCUAGUGAACUCUAUAAGAAAAUCCAGUAACAUACGUAAUGAUAACGAUCGUCUUCUAUUGGAGUAUCCAGUUUCAUAAUAACAUUAAUUUAAUAUAUUUUUAUGUGUAAAUUACAAUCAAGAGGGCCUUACAUUUACUUAUAUCAAACGGACUAUCCAGAUUGGAUUUUUAAGCCAGGUUUAAUGUUAUGUAUCUGGAUAUACUACUCAGGUGUAGUUAUGGGCUUCUCUAGGAAUAUCCUACUGAAUAAUAUAAAUAAUUGAAUGUAUUUUUAUCUGUAAAUAACAAUCAAGAGUGCAUUAAAACAAUGCGAUAUCUAAUGAACUAUCCAUAUUAUAUUUUUAUGUCAGGCCUAAUGUUAUGCAUCUGAAUAUACCCAACUGUAGCUGUGGGCCUCUAUAAGAAUAUCCAGCAUUACAUUAAGAUCAUUUUAAAAUAUUUUUAUUUGUAAAUUACAAUUAAGAGUGCUUUGAAACUACAUGAUAUCAAAUGGACCAUCUAGAUGAGUAUCAUAUUCCAAGUCUGAUGUUAUAUUUGGGUAUAUUACUCUGGUGCGCUGUCUGUCAAUAGUUUUGAUAAGUUGUUCUUCAGUUUUUGAAAAACAAGCCAAGAACGAUAACUUUUUAAAGCUAUUUCUUACGCAGACGUUUCUUUCAAAGAAACGAAAAAUCAUUUCAAUGAACAUCUGAUAAUUUUUAUUUUUCACAUCUUGCAUUUUAGUAGUAAACUUCAUAAACUGCGACAGCAGAAGUCUUUUUGAAUUCGCGUCAUUACAUACAAAGUCAUCGAUAAGAAGAAGUUAUUCAAUAUUACUAUAAAAUUUUUGCCUGAGGAAGAUUAUUUAGAUAUGCGAUAAAGAAAUAGGAUCUACAAUACAAAUCAGUGAAAUAAAUCACAGAAUAGAAGCAAUUCAGUUCAAAUAUUUAAUGGACAGUGGAAAUAUGCAACAUGAAAAGUAUUACCGUUUGACUAAUGAUCGAAUAUACAAAAGUUUUGAAGGGUCAAUUUAUAUUAAAAAAUACAUUGCUGCUGUAGUUUAUAUAAUACAGUAAAACCUGUGUACACUGACCACUUACGGUUCUUGAUAAGAGUGGUCAUUGUAUGCAGGUGGUCAUUGUACAGAGAAUAGAAGGUAGGGAGAAAUGAUAAAGCCAAGAAUGUAAGGAAAGCUUUAACAACAGAAACAAAAAUUUAGUUGGAAAUGAUAUCAUUUUUAUUCAAAUAAUUGUCAAGUUUUGUUUGUUUUAAUUUAUUUAGCUUUUCUUUGAUCCAGUCUUCUUCAAUCCGAUUAUAUAAAUCAAAUAGACAAUCUAGAUGUGGAUAAUUUUCUUUGCUACAUAAUUUGAUAAAAUUUUUAACACACUUCAAAGCGUCUUUAAAACCUAGGUCGUUUUCCACAACUUCCAUUUCUUCUUUCUCUUCUCCAUCUAUCUCCUUUUCACCCUCUAUUUCUGCACUACAAUUAUUGUUCCAUAUUUUUAAAAUAGCAUCUUUAUUAUGACCUAUGUUAACCUCCCGUUACACGCGCUUUCUCUAGUGUCUCACUCGUAUUCACGCCAACUCUAUUAGGUUGAGUAGUAUUGUGCGGGGAAUCUCCGUGUAGUGUGUGUAACGAAGGGUUAACUACAUUACGCUGGCUCACUUUUUGAUCUAAUAAAUUAAUAAUUUUUUUUAUGAGCUUUUCAAACAAGUAACGUUUCAGCUUAGAGUUUGAAAAGUUGAGAAUCGAAAAUCAUUAAUGAAGAAGCGGCUUUUAAAUAUUUGUUUUCAAUUAUGUUCUCUGAAAUAUAUGUGUUGAGGCAGAAAUCAAUUUAAGUGAUCAAAAUCAAGAUUUGAAUGAGUUUUGACUUAGGUCAAGUUAUAUGACAUUAUCUGAUGAUCGGAAGAGACUAUAAAGAGAAAGAGUUGGUAUGAUUUCAGACACAUUUUAGCGCAUUAUAUUUUGAUUUAUCUGGAAAAAAUAACAUAAAAUGUUAUUUUUCCAACUUUUCAGCGCCGAUAUCUUUUGAACUAAUCAACCGAUUCUGACGUUUGAGGUGGCAAUCGGCGCGUUUUAUUGAGUUCUAGAGCUGAAUAGAUUUUGAAAUUGAUCGGAUGAGUCACUUCAAAGAUAAUAGAAAAAAACCGUUUUUUAUCAUUUCUUUCGCCAACGAUAUCUCUCGAACAAAUUAACCGAUUGAGAUGGUUGAGGUGGCAUUCGACGCAGUUUAUGAAGUUCUAGAGCUGAGUAGAUUUUAAAGCCGAUCUUCAAGUCGUUUCUGAGAAAUCACUAAAAAAAUAAAAAAAAAAUUUUUUUUUUUGUAAUUCGCCAAUAUUUUCGAGUCUGCUUGAUCAACUGAACUGAAAUUUUCAGGAAAGUUGACGGCCAACAAGCUCUUUCGAUUGCCACCUCAACCAUCCAAAUCGAUUCAUUAGUGAAAAAGUUACAAAGAGUUUACACACACACACACAUACAUACAUACACACACUCGGACAUCAUUCUGAAAAUAGUCAGAAUAGCUUCCUAGGACCUCAAAACGUCGACAUCUGAUGAAAACUCGACUUUCGAAAAUCGGGGUGAAAACAAUAACGUCCCAAUUUUUCGAAAAUCGUCGAUUUUCUUAGCGGGAAGUUAAAAAAUUCUUUGGGCAGAGAACCCACGACCUAACCGAUCUGAAAUACUUUAUAUUAAAAAAUGACUCACCUUCGACGUCUGUAAAAUGAGAGGAUAACUAAAUGGAUCUGGUUUAGGCGUAAGGUUUUUAAACAACUGAAAAAUUACACUUGUUUUAAUAAAAAAUAAUUUAGAGAUUUAUUUACACUUAUAU